UAACCAUAUGGGGGAGGGAUUAAGUUGGAGCCUAGAUGCCAAACACUAAACCUGUUCUGGUGCCAUGAACGUUAGAUGGUGUGUUGUCUGACUGAACUAUUGUGAAUGACAAAUAGAGCUGUGGUCUUGUAAAAGUCAUAAAAAGGUUGGAGGGUUGUGAGGAGAAGAGGCAGAGAACAAGAAAACAGAGCACAGAGAGGGAAAGUCUGGACCGGAUCCACUGAGUGACCAUGGCUGAGUACAAGCUACAGGUGUCAACAGGUGACAUGCCAAGUGCAGGAACAUGGGAUCAUGUUUCUGUCACUCUAAUUGGAAGUGACGGAGAGAGUGAGAAAACUGAUCUGGACAACUUUGGCAAAGACCUCUGCACCGGGAAAAUUGGGACCUACACCGUGAAAACCAGUUCAUCUCUGGGGAAAGUUCUGCUGGUCAAGGUGGAGAAGGAUCCCCGUCUCUUAACCCUAGAAGACGAGUGGUACUGCUCCACCAUAGAGGUGACGACUCCAGAGGGAGACGCCAUUCUCUUCCCCUGUCACAGAUGGAUUUCCAGGGGAGAGUAUGUGGAGCUGAGAGGAGGGAGAGCCAUGAAGUUUUUUGAGGACGACCAUCCCCUGUUGAUUGAGCACCGGAAAAAAGAGUUGACACUUCAAAAGAGCUUGUACCAGUGGAAGCCUCUAGCUGAAGGACUACUCCACAUUAGCAGUUUUGAACAUGAGUCUGAGCUCCCAGCUGAAAUCCGCUUCUCUAAGGCCAAAACGGACGAAAUGCAAAACACAACCAAACGACUUGGAUUGAAGUUCAAAUUUAAGGGAAUGGUCGGAUCCAUCAAAAAAUGGGAAACUGUCGACCACCUGAAAAAACUCUUUAACUUCAAAAAGACACCAAUGUCAGAGUACGUUGCAGAGCACUGGAAGGAAGAUGACUUUUACGGAUCCCAGUUUCUGAACGGAAUCAACCCCACUUUGAUCAAGCGCUGCUCAGAGCUUCCCCGAAACUUCCCUGUCACAGAGGAGAUGGUGAAGCCGUUCCUGGCUGAGGGCAGCAGUCUGAGGAGGGAGAUUGGGAAAGGCAAUAUAUUCCUCUAUGACCAAAAGAAGCUGGAUGGAAUCCCCACUUAUGUCUACAAUGGAGAAUCUCUGACUGUGACUUCUGGUCUCUGUUUGUUCUACUUGAACCCACAAAACAAACUGAUGCCAAUUGCGAUACAGCUGCAUCAACAGCCCUCAGAGAAGAAUCCCAUCUUUCUGCCCAGUGACCUGGAGACUGACUGGCUGCUGGCCAAGAUGUUUAUCAAAAACGCAGAUACACUGGAUCAUGAAGCCGUCCAUCACCUCAUGAAUACUCACUUCAUGGGAGAGGUCUACAGUGUUGCCACUCUGCGCUGCUUCCCAGUGAUUCAUCCCCUCUACAAGUUGUUGAUUCCACACUUCAAGUCCACUCUCGACAUAAACAUUAGAGCCCGUACACGUCUAAUGGGACCUGAUGGGAUCUUUAAAAUAAGUACAUCUGGACUUGAAGGGAUGAUAGAGAUCAUGAGAAGGUCCCUCCGUGAAAUGACCUACAGCUCCGUCUGUCUGCCAGAGAACAUCAUUGCACGAGGACUGGAGUCAAUCCCCAACUACUACUACAGAGAUGAUGGAUUGAAGCUAUGGUCAAUCAUCAACAGCUUUGUGAGGGCAGCAGUGGAGUACUACUAUCCCUCAGACGCUGACGUCUGUAAAGACACAGAGCUGCAGGAUUGGAUCUGUGAGAUAUUCACCUACGGCCUCUUGGGAAACAAAGCCUCAGGAUUCCCAGACUGCUUUCAUUCCAUUGAGGAAUUGAUAAGAUUCAUCACCGUGGUCAUCUUCACAGUGUCGGCUCAACAUGCAGCAGUCAAUAAUGGACAGUUUGACUACUACUUCUGGACGCCGAAUGCCACCUUGAUAUUGCACAAACCUCCUCCGACCACCAAGGGGCAGUCAAGCAUGGAGACAAUUAUGGAGACCCUCCCGAAUGUUGGAGAGACUGUCACCAUAUCAGUGUUGAUAAAUCAACUUUCAGACGAAUACAGUGAUGUUAUUCCUUUGGGUCAAUAUACUGAGAAAAGAUUUGACGAGCCUGAGCUUACACAGGUGAUUCUGGAGUUUCAAGCGGAGUUGUCAUACCUUGGUGAAGAAAUCGCAAAGAGAAACUCGCACCUUGAAGUGCCCUAUGACUACCUGCUCCCGUCUCACAUUGAUAACAGCGUGUCUAUUUGAGAAAGUCAGAGAGAUCUAUUCUGUAUCAUUAACCAACUGUAUUUAAUCCUGGGAGGUGUUUUUGUUGUGGGUAGGUGUUGCAUGAUGUGAUUAAAUAUUUUUGUUAUGUGGGUCUAUGGUGUGGUAGUUCAGCAACAACUUAAUUGAUGGACGUAGAAAAUAAUAACUUAAACAUUACAUUGACUUUAUUUUUAAAAAAAAGGUGAUAUAUAAUUACUCUUUACUAACAUUGAGUUUUAGCUUUUUCCAUUCCUGUAACCGACAUGAUGGCAGAGAUGAAUGAAUUCUUUGCCUAAACAUUUAAGAUAAAGAUAUACUGUGUAUUAUUACUUCCUGUCACCUGUGUUCAACUUCGAAUCCAUUAAACUUGUAGUCGCUCA